AUGGCGACCACGACCGCAUCACCUGACGCCGCGAAUGCGUACGCUACUGCCGCUGCUGCUGACCCGAGUCUGCCUACGAUCCACCCAAAGCCCGUGACCGUGCUGGUUAUCGGUAUGGCCGGUAGCGGCAAGACGACGCUCAUGCAGCGCCUUGCUGUCUAUGGCAUGGACUCAGGCUUGCGCAAUUACGUCAUCAAUUUGGACCCCGCCGUGCGCAAAACUGGGUACACUGCGAACAUCGACAUUCGCGAUACGGUGGACUACAAGCAAGUGAUGAAAGAGUACGGGUUAGGUCCGAAUGGCGCCAUUAUGACGUCGCUCAAUUUAUUUGCCACACGGUUCGACCAGGUCGUUGAUCUAGUGGCCAAACGCAGUACUGACCUCGACUAUGCUAUUGUCGACACGCCUGGGCAAAUCGAAGCCUUUACGUGGUCUGCGUCGGGCCAGAUCAUCACCGAAUCGCUCGCGUCCACGUUUCCAUCCGUGAUUGCUUACGUGGUGGACACGCCUCGUACGGCCAGUCCCAAUACGUUCAUGUCCAACAUGUUGUACGCCUGCAGCAUUUUGUACAAGCUGAAGCUGCCGUUCGUGGUUGUGUUCAAUAAGAUUGACGUGUUGCGGCACGACUUUGCGACCGAGUGGAUGACGGACUUUGAAGCGUUUCAGAAAGCACUGGACGACGUGCAGGACGACAGCUACAUGGGAAGUCUCUCGCGCUCGCUCAGUCUCGUGCUCGAAGAGUUUUACAACAACUUGACGUCUGUCGGGGUGUCUGCUGCCACUGGAGAAGGGAUGCCCGAGUUCUUUGCUGCUGUCGAUCAAGCUGCAAAGCAGUACGAAAACGAGUACCUUCCUGAUCUAUUAGCGCGCGUGAAGAAACAGCAGACGAAGAGACACGAGCAAGAAGAGGCGGCACUGUCGACCGUCAUGCAGGACAUGGCCAUUUCUAGUGAGAAAGCAGCGGCGCCUGUCACAGGAGGCGAGCGCACAGAUUUGUAA